AUGAAAGUUAAUUUUAAUUAGCAAUCCUUUGAAAAUGUCAGGAUGAAAGAUACUUCUUUGAUCGGAGCAAAUUUAUUUUAGUGUACCUUGAGUGGAUCUGAAUUUUCAUAUGUAGACAUAAGUGGAGCGAAUUUGAAUGGAGAUUUAUUAUUUAAUUUUAAAUGGAAUAAUUUAAAAAUACAGGAGUUACUUUAACUCGAUAAUCAUAAUGAUUAUGUCCGAUCCAUUUGCUCUUUACCUGUAAGUUCUUAAUUAGUUUCUUGUAGUAAAGAUAAUUCUAUCCAAUUGUGA